CUCGCGAGCCAGUCAGCCCAACCCAUAUGUAGUAAGUAUUUCCUCAAACAGAAGAAAUAAAAUAACGGUUUCUAAGUGGCAGCCCACAUCUCUUAGCCUGUUUUUAAACCACGGUAAACAACGAGAAUAAAAAGGGAAAAAAAAUCUGUAAGCUCCGACCCCGCAACAGCAGCUGCGCCGCCUCCGGCCUUUUCUCCCGUUGCGCCUCUAUAAACAGAUAAUGGCGCAUAUUCUGAAAUGGUUGAACUAUGUAUUAUCUUCAGGAUCAGUGGGACAAUUAUUUUUCUAAAAUAUUGGUAUAGUUUAGGUUGAUCGAGAUUUGGAGUUGCUAUCAUUCCUCCUUUUGGAAUUGAUUUUUCCAUUCUGCACACGUGUAAAGCUGCGCGGUUUUGUUAAAUUUGGUGAAUCUGAUCGAUUAAUAUCAGGUAUGGCGUUAAGAUCGAUUUACCGGGGCUUGAGGAAGAACAAUUCGCGUUUGUGCUCUCAUUUGCAUUCUCAUGCUACUAGUUUCGGAUUUAAGGAAGUUAGGGAGGAUGAGAAGAGUAGGAUGGUCGGCGAUGUGUUCACAAGUGUAGCGUCAAAUUAUGAUGUCAUGAACGAUUUAAUGAGUGGUGGGCUGCAUAGGUUGUGGAAAGAAAGGUUGGUUUCCAAGUUGAAUCCAUUUCCGGGAAUGAAGCAUCUUGAUGUGGCUGGUGGAACAGGGGAUGUUGCUUUCAGAAUCCUAGACAGUAUACAUAGCGUUACACAGAGGGACGUAAAAAAUUGUCAUGAUAACAAUCUCCUGGAAGAAACUCAAAUUUUUGUCUGUGAUAUUAACCCCAAUAUGUUACGUGUUGGCAAAAAGAGGGCCCAUGACAGAGGUUUUGGAGAGGAUAAAUCCCUCAUUUGGGUUGAAGGAGAUGCGGAACAAUUAAAAUUUGAAGAUGCGUCAAUGGAUGGCUAUACAAUCGCAUUUGGAAUAAGGAAUGUAACACAUAUAGAAAAAGCUCUUGUAGAAGCUUACAGGGUGCUAAAACCAGGGGGGAGAUUUCUUUGUCUUGAACUCAGCCAUGUGGAAAUUCCAAUUUUCAAAGAUUUGUAUGAUUAUUAUUCAUUUGCGGUCAUCCCGACAGUAGGACAGCUAGUUGCAGGUGAUCGUGAAUCUUAUCAAUAUCUGGUAGAGAGUAUUCGCCGCUUCCCCAAACAGGAGAAAUUUGCGGCAAUGAUUGCGGAAGCUGGUUUUCAGAAGGUUGAGUAUGAAAACCUUGUGGGAGGUGUCGUCGCCAUCCAUUCGGGGCUUAAGUUUUAGGUUUUUGCAUUUUUAUCUCACGCGUUUACUUGUUGUUGCUCUUGAUAAUGCCUUUUUUGGCUCUCAGAUGAAAUAGAAUAAGCUCACAAAUGUUGGGUAGAAAUUUUAACGGGACUGCUAUAUAUAGGAAAGUCUUAGAAUCUAGUUCAGAAACUGUUUCAAAUGGUUAAGCAAUGUUUUCAUUUACUAGAAGCGGUAAAUUUGUAUACGUGCUCGUGAAUUUUUAUCUAUUUAAAUUAAAUUUAAGCUAUUGGGCUAUUCAAUUGCA